GGCUGUAGCCAAACCUCCCAGGCUCCCAUUCAAAGUAAUACAUCGCUGAAAUGGCAGGUGGAAAAGCAGGUAAAGACAGUGGCAAAGCCAAGGCGAAAGCAGUGUCUCGCUCGCAAAGAGCUGGUCUUCAGUUUCCAGUGGGACGAAUCCACAGGCACUUGAAGACACGCACUACAAGCCAUGGUCGAGUAGGAGCAACAGCAGCCGUUUACAGCGCAGCCAUUCUUGAAUAUCUCACAGCUGAAGUUUUGGAGUUGGCAGGAAAUGCUUCAAAAGACCUGAAGGUGAAGCGCAUCACUCCUCGACAUUUACAGCUGGCCAUUCGAGGAGAUGAGGAGCUCGAUUCCCUUAUCAAGGCCACUAUUGCUGGAGGAGGUGUGAUUCCACACAUCCACAAGUCUCUGAUUGGUAAGAAGGGCCAGCAGAAAACCGCAUAGUUCCCAUCAGGAUCUAAGUGCAGACAUGACUCAAGGACUUGCAUUUGGGAUGUGAAUCGAUAAGCUUGUGUUCAUCCUUUAAUCCAUUUUUUUUUUUCCCCCAUCCCUUAUUUUUAAGUUAAUAUAAAUGUUAUACUAGCUAACCACAGGUGUUUUUGUUAGUUUUGUGUUAAUGUUAUAUAUAAAUAUCGCCAAAUUAGAAUGGCAAAUAAUCCCCGUCCCACUGAAGCCAGGUGUUUUAGAGACCAACAGGAAGUGUCUGAUCUUUCCUGCCAUGACUGUGGAAGUGUUUGUUCAAUUGGCCAGAGCCGUGGAGCUGUUUUAUACUGAAGUGCAAAUGAUAAACUUUUUAUAUAAAACCAAAAA